AUGGAAUUGAAAUCGAUGGAAACAGUGGAUAUGCCCAUUUUCGGGAGUACUCUAAAGCUAAUGAAAUUCUGGUCGUAUCUCUUCGUUCACAAUUGGCGUCGAUAUGUGGCAAUGGCUCCAUACAUGAUUAUUAACUGCACUCAGUAUGUGGAUAUAUAUCUGAGCACCGAAUCCUUGGAUUUUAUUAUCAGAAAUGUAUAUCUGGCUGUUUUGUUUACCAACACCAUCGUAAGAGGUGUUUUGUUGUGUGUGCAGCGUUCCAGUUAUGAGCGAUUUAUUGAGAUGUUGAAAAGCUUCUAUAUAGAAUUAUUGGAAUCGGAAGAUCCUUUUAUUAUCUCACUGGUUAAAGAGACCACACGCCUUUCGGUUUUCAUAGGAAGAGUUAAUUUGAUGAUGGGCUGUUGCACUUGCAUUGGCUUUGUUACCUAUCCCAUUUUUGGAUCAGAAAGAGUACUGCCUUAUGGCAUGUAUUUGCCCACGAUUGAUGAGUACAAGUACGCAUCUCCGUAUUAUGAGAUUUUCUUUGUUAUCCAAGGCAUUAUGGCUCCCAUGGGCUGUUGCAUGUACAUUCCCUAUUCAAAUAUGGUAGUGACCUUUACCCUUUUUGCCAUACUCAUGUGUCGAGUUCUGCAACAUAAGCUGAGGAGCCUGGAAAAGCUGAAAGAAGACCAAGUUCAUGGGGAAAUUAUUGGGUGCAUUAAAUAUCAGCUUAAAUUAACAGGAUUAGUGGACUCCAUGAAUGCCUUGAAUACCCAUCUUCACCUGGUUGAGUUCUUAUGCUUUGGGGCCAUGUUAUGUGUUCUACUUUUUUCGCUUUUGAUUGCUCAAACAAUUGCCCAGACCGUCAUAGUAAUUGCAUACAUGGUAAUGAUAUUUGCCAAUAGCGUAGUUCUCUACUACGUGGCCAAUGAACUGUACUUUCAAAGUUUUGAUAUUGCCAUUGCUGCCUAUGAGAGCAAUUGGAUGGACUUUGAUGUGGACACACAAAAGACUUUGAAGUUUCUCAUAAUGCGUUCACAAAAGCCCUUGGCGAUUUUGGUUGGUGGCACAUACCCCAUGAACCUGAAAAUGUUACAAUCUCUUUUAAACGCCAUCUACUCGUUGUUCACCCUUCUACGUCGGGUUUAUGGCUAA